CCAAGAGCUUGCGGGGAGUUUCAGUUCGCGUUGGUCUUUCGUCCUGUUCGGUUCGGAUACGGAAAUUAUCCCGUCGAUAAGGCGCGUUUCGCCCCAUCAGUGCUAAGUCUAGUGGUAUCAACAGCAAUAGCAGUAAGAUACGUGAGUCUACAGUUUGAAAAUUGUUCGAAAAAUGGAGCAUUUCAAUCUUGAUGGAGUGAAUGGGGCAAAGCUCGCGGGAAUACAGUGACACAAUCCCAUUAGCUGAACUUCACCACCGAGUGCCUAGUGUGAAGCCUGCUGCCUAUGGACGCUAUGUGAAGAAACCGAAACCAACCCGGCAAACAAAUCAAUGACGAGCAACAAUCCGUGCGACUCCGAAUAUGAAUGGAAAGUGUGAUUAGCAUAUCUCAAGUGUUUUCCGUUCAACGCCGUCGUCAUCGCCAUCGGAAGGAAAAAUGACCGUCUUGUCCUGAUGAUCGUGUUUGGAGUGUGUGGUUGUGUUUUUCCGUGAGCCUUUUUCCGUUGGCGGGAAUUCACUUCAGAAGCCACCGGAAGAAGUGUGAAGUGCACCCGAAGAAAGAACCUUAAAAUCGAUAAAGGAUAUAUAAAUAGAGCUCUCUGGUGGUGGUGGUGAGAAAUGGUCGAGGGCGGAAAUAGCAUCGAAAUGUGAAAUCGUCGAGGAACAUAGUCAACGAAUCUGUACGACACUGCGACGAAAUGUUGCUUGUGACGGGGUCAUGUGUAGUGACUAAAAUAGUUUCUAAAUGGAUGAACUACCUUUAGUGAGUUAAAAAUAGAGCCGAUCGAAUCAUGGAUUGCUGCAGCACUAAUUACAUGGAUUACAGACAUUCCAUAAAUAAUAACUUUUGCUAUCCAUUUUCGCCCGGUAUGAUGCGAAGCGUGUCGCCGUAUCCGCUUCCCCCAGGGAGUGGUGGCCGCUAUGGGUCCGACUACCGUAGUGGAUUCUACGAUGCCAGCAGCUUCGAUAAAUACUACAGCAGUUACCAUCCGCCGUCCGGAUCGGGUCCUGGAUACGGUAGCAACUAUUACGGAAACUCGUAUUCGUCCUAUCGAGAGUUUGCCUACAACGAUUACUACCACCCAUCGUCUCCGUCUUCGCAUCCAUUUUCCGGUCCUACGCCCGGGAGCUUCCACGGACCGCACAUGUUCAGUCGGCAUCAAUCGCUUCCGCUUCCAUUCCAGCGAGAAUCCUAUUACCAUCAAAGGGAUCCCCAUCAUCAGUACGCCGCCGGAAACUUUAGUAAUUUCUCCGGUAAUCCCUUCAAAAGGGCAGAUUCCAGCCAGGGUGGUAGCAAUACGGCCAACUCAAGUACGGUCAAUAGUGGCAGCUGCAGUAGCCCUGGAAGUAGCACGGCUGGGGAAAGCCCCCUUUUCGGUUAUACGCAUAGCCCAGAUUAUUCGGCACAAUCCUAUAAUUCCGGUAGCAGUCCAAAUCAUCCCCAUCACCAUCGGUACCAUCCGCUCCCACUCCAAAGCCCCGGGGAAGGAGGCGGAAACGGUUAUCCCCCAUCCGCAAUGCCAAAUGCAACAGGAUAUCCUCUCAACGUGAAGGAUGCCAGAAUGCGAAAGCUAAAGGAACGCAAGCUGGCAAAGUCAGCCUCCUACGGCAACGGGAGUCCCAAUCGCGGCCAAACCACCAACAGCAGCACCAGCAGCAGCCCCAAUCCCGGGAGCUGUGGGAGCAAUGGGAGCAGCACCGAUGCACGACUGAAAUCACUGGAUGCACUCACUUGUGAUAACUAUGAGCACGACCGCACCAACAACUCCCCGGCCAGCAGGCAUCCGUCCCCUGGCCGAAGCGCGGGCCCCAACGCCAGUAAUUCCCCAGCCGGUGCAGCAGGAACCGGUGCCAGUCCACCGAAGCGAUCCAAAAAGCAAACGACGAAACACCGGACCGCAACGGAACACGAUAAACAGCACUCGACGCCGGCCAAAUCCGGUGACCCUGGAAACAAUGCGUCAUCGAUACCUGCCGCCGCCGGUGCAGACAGGAACGUCACUCCGCUACCCGGCUUCCAGCAGGCCUUCGGUUCGACGGAAAUUGGCAAAUUUUCCGAAGCGUUCUUCAACAGCAACAGCCCCGGCCCCAACGAGCUCCAUCCUGAUGGCCAACUACCUCCCGGUCAUCACCAUCACCCACACCAACAUCACCCCCAUCCAAUGAUGAUGAUGGAUUCGCCCGAUGUGGACAGCACCCUGAGUCCUCAGCCGUGGGAACCAACGGGACCAGGCGAUCCCUACGAACCGUCCGCGGCGCAAACGACGACGGCAUUCAACCUGCAAAUUGGCACAAGCUUCCAUCCGUCUUACUACGAAUCGCCGUCCUACGCGUCGCCGUCGGAUCAUGCGGUGGACUCUCCCUUGGGGAACUACUUCAGCGAAAUGACUUGCACCGAGUAUGUGAAUUAGGAGGGGGCACGUGGUAUAUGGCGCUCAAGAACGUGACAAAACUCAUAGAGUUGAGUAAGGUUCUGAGAGAGGGUGAGAUGU